UGGAAGCAGCGGUAAAAGGACAAAAGAGACACUUUGCACUGUUAACUAGACAAAAAGCAAACUAACAUCCAUCGUGUCGUUUUUCAUGUCGGAGUUGAGGCCUUUUUUUCUGACUGACGGCCGGAUUAACGCCGCCAUAACGGUGAUAACAUCGACUGUCUAGAUUCGACAACGUCGGAGGUGUAUUUUGGCGCCUCUUCUUGUGACUGGCAUAGUUUCGAUGAUAACAUCAACUUUUUGCGGUCUUGUGGUCAUGUCGUCUGCAUCGGAGGAGUAUUGGAGUCUUUUCCUGUGAUUGACGUCGUAACAGCAGGAGAUUUCUCCAAGCAAAAACAGGAUCCUGAAUAUGAGGCAGAAUCAUCGUACAGCCAGCUGUCCGUUUUACAGAAAUGCAGAAUUAGGUUUGGUUUUGCCUUUUAUUUGAUUGGACAGUAGGUAGACAGGAAACGAAGUUGGAGAAAGAGUGAACAGGAUCGGGAAAGGUCCGCGAGCCGGGACGCCCGAAGCACAACGGCACUACAUGUCAACGCGCUGCCCACGAGGCUAUCGGCGCCGACAACCCUCUUCUUCUUCGAAUUUAAUAGACAUCAGUAAUGAAAAGACAAUCUUUUCAAAAGACAAUGAAAAGAUAUUCGUUUUUUCUUUGGGACAGCACAAAAAAUAAGGUGCAAAGAGACAGAGGGAAAGGCAAGGCAGGAAGACCUUAGGGCAGAACAAGAUGAUUUUGAGGGUAAGUUGAGAAAUACAGUGAAAGAAAAAGACCAGGACAGUGGUGACAGUUCAAGACCAGGUGAUGAGAAAAAAGAGAGUGAGAAAGAGGGAGGGCAAGACGACGCUAACACGGCAGAAGGAGGUGACAUUCAGGGACAAGAAAGAGAGAAAGAGGGAGUACAGGAAGAUCACAUUACAGGGAAUGGCGACAAUAAGGUGGACUGUUCGGACAUCUGCUCUUCAUGCAAUUCUCAAACAGUAUGAAUCUGUGUUGACUGCUUUGGAGGAAAUGGCGUCCUGUGGCACAAACGAUACAUCAAUUAAGGCCAAUGGGUUUCAUGAAAAAUUCCUUAAGGGAAACACUAUGCUUGGCCUUGUAAUGGCAGAGGACAUAAUUGGCGAUUUGGAGUGCUUAAACACCAGCCUGCAGCUCAAACAGCAGACAGUAUCAGGGACGUUGGAGGCUGUGAAGCAUGUUAAGAAAAGCAUGCAAGAGAAGAGAACUGAUGAACACUUCCAACAACUGUUCACCAAAGCUUCUGAUCUAGUAACAAAGCUGGAUCUACAACUGAUUCAGAUGCCUCACAUCCGAGAACAAGCCAAACGAUACAGCAGUCAGACUGCACCUGAUGGAAACCCUAAUGAUCCUAAUGUCCAGUCCUACUUCAGGCCCCAGUAUUACAGCUGCUUGGACAUGGUGAACACCCAGAUGACUCAAAGGUUUGACCAAGAUGGCAUCCAAAAACUGCAAAAGCUUGAGAAUGUGCUACUGAAAGCAGCGUUGGACAAAGUAUUGGAUGAGUAUCCUGAAUUAAAUUCAAGACAAUUGCAGGUGCAGCUUAACAUGUUUGAAGCUAUGUACACUUUCCAAACUACAGCAGACGUUGCAGAAAACAUUCAAAACAUGGUUCCUGAAGUGAGAGGCCCUUUCAGUCAAGUUGAGACUUUAGUAAGGCUAUUGCUGGUUGUCCCUGCUUCCUCCUCAGAAGCCGAGAGCAGUUUUAGUGCCCUGAGGAGGCUCAAAACCUGGUUAAGGUCAUCAAUGAGUCAGACAAGGCUCAAUAACGUGGCUAUUUGCCAUGUACACCAGCAACGACUGGACAAAUUAGAACUUCUAAAAGUAUGCCAGUCCUUUAUUCAAGUAAAUGAAAAGCACAAGAAGAUAUUUGGAUCCUUCAUUGAAAAUUUAGUGAAGACGACAUGAAUUGUUAUGUAACAUUGUAAAUAAUUGUAUUCAUCUGAAGGUCUUUGUAAUGAAGAGUGAGAUGGUUUUAGAAUGGAGUUUGAAUUUGUUUUUAUACUUUGGGUCACUAGUCUAUUUUUCUAAAAACAAUUUUAUUGUGAUGUGUGUGUGUGUGUGUGUAUAUAUAUAGGACAGUUUUUAGCUGAAAAGGUGAUUUUAUAAACUAUCAAAAUCUGUGAUAUGCCCACUGACCUUACUGUAAUUUUGGGGUAAAAAUAUUGAAAGAUCUUGUGUUUUGUGUGGGUGUGUGUUUGUAGAUAGAUAGAUAGACAUAUAGACAGAUCGUUGGGUUUUGGUCCCCCCCAAAGUUCAAUGUGUGGUUAUGGCCUUGCCCAGACCUACAGCCAAAACACAAGGUUUAGAUUUAAAACCUGACGGGGCACUUCUAUUUCAACCAGCGCAGCUUUUGUAAUCUUUAUGGUAGUGGACUCCGGUCCUAAUCCGUGAAGGCUUUUGACAUAAUGAAAUAAAUACCAAACACUAAUUUCUAAUAAAUCAAAUUUAUAUCUAGCACAUCAAGGUCAGCUCUAGAGCCGUUUGGGUGCAGUCGUGCCAGCAGUGAUGAGAGCAGAGAGCUGCCCGCUGCGCACAGACAAUUGAAACUUUCAGUGGGUGAAAAACAAUGGCAUUUUCAAAAAUUAGGAAAGUUGACAGGUCCUUAAAAAAUCUUAAAUGUUACAAGAAAGUCUUAAUUAUGAUUUCAGGAGGUCUUAAAUGUGGGGACUGAAAGACAAGAAUUGCGAUUAAACUUAAAAAGGCUAUUCAUUGAAUAAAUAUGAGCGCUGCAGGAGUCAUCUGCUUCGCUGCUUUGUGGAGUCUGUCUGUUGGGCUUUGUGUACUGCCAUUCCCAAAGCGCCACCUGCUGGAAGAGAAUGAUUUCAAAGGCCAGUGUGAAAAUCAAUCCAUGUUUUUAAGCAGCAAACACGCAGAGUUGUAAAUGUGAAGAUAAUGUGUUAUAAAAUGUAAACAAUUAAGGCAGUAAAAUAUAUUUAUAUGUAUUUAAUUAAUAUAAUACUUUAUUUUUUUUGUGAAAACCUGCAUCUGAACUGUAUAUCAUGCUUUUUUAA